CUAUGGAGCGUACCCUGUCUGUAAAGGUUGCUCAGUGUGCUCCAGGGAUAACGGUUGUGUAAACUGCCAACCCAAGCUCUUCCUAUUUCUGCGGCGGGAAAGGAUGAGGCAGUACGGAGAAUGUCUUCACGACUGUCCAGCUGGAUACUACGGCAUGCGCAGCCCAGAAAUCAACAUGUGCUCCAGGUGCAGGAUAGAGAACUGCGAGUCCUGCUUUAGCAAAGACUUCUGCACCAAGUGCAAGUCGGGUUUCUACCUACACAAAGGGCGCUGCUUUGAUAAGUGCCCUGAGGGCUUUGCCCCACUGGAGGACACCAUGGAGUGUGGAGAGGGCUGUGAGGUGGGUCAGUGGAGUGAAUGGGGAGCCUGCGCCAGAAGAAACAAAACCUGUGGCUAUAAGUGGGGUCUGGAGACCCGAACACGGCACAUUGUAAAGAAACCACCCAAGGACACAAUACCCUGUCCAACCAUCGCUGAGUCCAGGAUGUGUAAAAUGGCCAUGAGACACUGCAGGAGAGGCGGCUCGGGGAAGCACCGACCCAAAGAAACAAAAAAGAAGAAUAAGCAGAGGCUGCGGUUUCGGGCCCAGAAUCAGCACAGCGACCACUUAGCCUCCGCUCGCUCCAGCCAGUGAGAACUCAAACCAACCCGUGAAUAAGGAAUCAACACAAAGCUGCUAGCCGCUGCUGCACACAUAAUCUGACUGACGAGUUUCACAAAACCUCCACUACAUCCUCUCCUGCCUCUCAGACCCUCACCCACCAGCCUCCCCUCCGCCCCACAGGGCACAGCCAGGUCUCCCCUCCAUGUCCUUCCAAAGAAACGUGCCGCAUAUCGUGCGAUACUGGUACCAACGCUGAAACGCACUCUCUGCCUCCCACUGCUUCUCUGCUUGCUGCUGUGACCAGCCAGGUGACUCCCAGCCCCGACCUUUGCCUCGUGGACCUUUACAGUUGACAUAACUGAACUCAUUUCCCGUCAUUACCAUCCUUAAACGUGCAGGGUGAUAGGAGAUGAAGGGGCAGGAGGGAACACGGAGAGCCAGGAAUGAGGCAGGAGACAAGUGGGGAAGUCUGGGACUCGGCAAGCUAAACCGCUCAAGAAAAGAUGCUCGAGGAUGACGAAGCAGACGAGGCUCGGUGGAAGCAAACAAACGGACAAGGAAAUGGCAACUUAAAGUGAGAGACUGUUUUUGUUCUUAUAUUUAUGUCACAGCUACCCUCACCUUCCCCUCCACUUGGAGACGGCGUGUUCCCAUGCGUG